AUGCAUCUUGGCGGGGAUGUUUGCAGCUACUCAGGGAUCGUUCAUGGGGAACUACUAGCCACUAUACUGGACGAGUGCCUAGCACGCUGUUGCUGUCCGGCAUUCGACAAAAAGGUUGGUGUGACGGCAAACCUUAGCGUCGAUUACCGGAGUCCAGCGAAGGCAAAUUCGUUCUAUGUUCUGAAGGCGGAUGUGACGGAGUUCCAGGGACGCAAGGCCUGGGUAAAAGGUCGUAUCGAGACUUUGCCUGUUGCUGGUAAAUAG